AUGAACGGAUUUGCUGCAGUCCUCGUUUUGCUGGGAGUCUUUUGGACUCGGACUUCUGCCUUGACCGCCUUUGAUCUGGGAGAACUUACCAAUAACUAUGUCGUCGGAACUAUGACAAUCCACAAUGAGAACAACAUUGUUGAUGUCAACGUCCGUUCUGGCGUGUACUCCUCUGAUACCAUUUUUGACUACUCACGUGGGUAUAUUGCAACAAGAUUAUUUGCACGGAAUGCCUGCUUUAUCUUGAAAAUAGAUAAGGACACCAUCCCAGAGCUGGACCAAAUUGGACGCCUGGCUUUUGAAAGAAAGACUAUGAAGACAAUAUACUCUCCAACUAGUGUGUGGACAGAGUUUCAAUCUGGUGAUUCCAUGUUCGGAAAGAUAAAAAACUUCUUUGUCUAUGGUAGACAGAUUGAACAACUCUGCACAGGUCUGCCUCUCUAUGAGCUUACAAAGACUGAACCACGACUGGAUGUUUCAGGCUGUGCCGGUGCAGGUAUUCCAAGCAUUUUGGGCAUUCAAAUCUGUGCAGAACUCCGUAAAGCUUGA